GAAACGACAACGGUAAAGACGCCGUGAUCGAUAAUACUAAUGGCGAAGCACCAGAGGGAGCAAACAACAAUGUUGGCAACGAUGGCGUUCGAAGCGAAGGCUGUGAAACCGGGCAUAGCGAAGUCAUUGAUGAAAAUGAGUCUAGGGAGUCAAAUGGAGCAAGUAAUUAUAAACAUACGGUGUGUCAAUGCCCAGUUCGCGAAAUUGUUGCUGAACUUAAAGGUAUGAAGCAUGAAAUCGCUAUUUUACAAUCUCUUAUCCAAUCGACUGUUAUUAAUAAUCAAGUACCUGAUAAUGGUAGUGAGAUUUCCAGGCUAGAAGCUGCAUGAGCACCAAUCUGUUAUUGAUGAUUUGAAACUUAAAGCAUCUAUACAAAUUGCUGACAUAAAAAGCGAAAUUGUUAAGCUUAGUGCUGAGCAUCAAUCUGUAAUUAAAGAUCAAAAUCUUAAGUAUGCAAUUCUGGAACAGAGAUGGUUAAAAGCAGAAGAGGAGAGAGACUCUUUGCGUUCGGUCCUUAAAAUUGUUGUUCAGGAGAAAGACAGGGUAAAUGUUUCUAAUUUGCAGCCUGAAUACAGCUGUGUCGGUGAUCCCUCUGUCCAACAAAACAAUUUAAAAGCCCAUAGUAUGGUUAAUAAUUCAAGUUCUGCUGUGCAAAUAGACCUCACAAGCAGUGAUGAUUAUCAUAGUCAGCAAAGAGAAUUGGGAGUUCAUCCCACUAUUCAAAUUACUCAAAAGCCUUUGUAUUCAGCCACCCAAACCUCUGAAACCAAUAUACCUAGCCUGGUCCCAGGUGGUCAACCAUGGAUUUCUAGAAGGUAUGAUCAAUUAAAUGUCAGCAACAGAAGCAAUAAGCCAACUCCAAUUAGUCGUUACCCCCAAUAUUCUGCUGCCUCAAUUUGUAGAACCAUACCUGAUCAGUAUCGUGUUGAUCAGCCUUGUUUACACAAUGGCAGUAAUCAGGAGUCGAUUCAUCAGUUAGCGCAUGGGCAAGUCAACUCCGAUGCUUCCAAUAAGAAUAUGAUUAACAACACCAAUUCAUUAAACUGCAACCCAAGUCCCCACAGGCACAGUCCAUCUAUUGAUGUCAAUUCUACUGAAUGUAGAGUAACUCACCACCCACCUAGUCCAUCCAACUCACGUGAUCAAUCAACUAUGAUUAGAGAUAUGCAGCAACCACCUAUGCCACCUCACCGUACCAAGAUUUCUAUAUUGGGAGACUCAAUGAUAAAGCGUGUUCAAUCUCGGCAAAUUCGGCGGGCCGUGAGUACUAGGAAAUCGUCUACAUCCGCUCUUUUCCGGGUGCAAAAUCUUUAGAUAUGACCAAGACCAACUAUGAGGGACAACCCGAACCACAUUAUAAUACAUAUUGGUACAAAUGAUGUACGCCAAAGUAAUCCAGAAGAUGUCAUUAGAAAUGUUGAAAACUUGUGCAAUCAGAUCAAAGACCAAUGUCCCCGUACUACCAUAUCACUAUCGGAACUGAUUGUUCGCAACGACUUUCCUGAUGCUACUACUAAGAUCAGCAAAAUUAAUAAUGAACUGCUAUGCCUUAGUAGAUCUAAAGGCUAUUAUCUAAUUAAUAAUUCAAACAUCAGUGUGCAAAAUCUUGAUAGAUAUGGCCUUCAUUUAAAUG